UUUUGUUUUGUUAUUUUCUUAUUUCUCAUUUUAAUCAAAUGUACCAACUGCAGUAAUGCAAUGCACUCUAUCAAACUCACAGCAGCUGUUAAAUGCAUUGUAUUUGAUUUGUGAACUUUUUAUCCUUUAGUUGGUCGUUUUACUGCGGGAGUUAAAAGUAAAAUCUGUAUUAGAGAAGGAUUUGUUUUGUCAAAAUGUCUACUGGAAGUGGUGAGGAGACAGCAGCUAACACAAGAGAAGAUGGACUCACUAGUGAGGGCCAGGACAGUGGUGGAGGUGGUGGAGGAGAUAGUGGGGGUGGAUCUGUAAGACCAAUGGACUCGGACGGUGCGUCUGGAGGCACAAAUGCAGAAACAGGUGCUGGCUUGGCUGAUAAGAACUCUGAGAGCAGUUCUGAGACACAGAGGAGCACAGAGUCGGUGGAUGACAACGUUAGGUUUCCGAGGAGACAACGGAGUUCCAGGAGACUGUACCGUCGCAGUGGUGCAGACGAAUCAUCUGGAGAAGAACAUACAAAUCAAGCUGCCAGAGGCUCCUCAUCAGAAUCAGAGUUCCCCCACCAGUGGGAGGAGUUCUUGCUCUCUAGUUCCUCAUCGGAGUCCAGCCGCAGCUCCCACUCCUACGACAAUGACCUGCGUACUCGCACCGUUGAGGAGGACGAACCCACACCCAAGGUCCUCCUCAAGCCGAAACCCACCCACAAGUGGUUUGCGGUCAAAGAGAUUGUGAACCGCGAAACAGGCUGCGGUGGAAGGUGGCAAGGUCCAGAAAGGUUCCAGCACCGAUACUACGGCUCACUGCACGCAGUUCAGCGACUGGAACUGAUGUAUAAGCUGGACGAACACUACGGCUGUGUCAACAGUUUACACUUCAACCGGUCCGGAGAGCUGCUGGUCAGCGCUAGCGACGACAAGCGGGUGGUACUCUGGGACUGGGCUGCUGACCGUUCCAUACUCAGCUACGAUAGUGGCCAUUCAGGCAACGUCUUUCAGGCCAAGUUCCUGCCGCUGAGUGGGGACAGACACAUCGUGACUUGUGCCCGUGAUGGCCAGGUGAGGCUGAGUGUACUGAGCGGUGUGGGGGUGUGCAAGGGCACGAGACUGCUGGCGCAACACCGUCGCACCACUCACAAGCUUGCCACUCACCACGACACACCACACGUCUUCCUGUCAGCUGGUGAAGACGCCUUGGUGCUUAGUCAUGAUGUGCGCACCAACAAAGCUUCCAAACUGCUGUUUGUGAAGGAGGGUGCCAACAAGAUGGGACUGUACAGUAUUCACAGCAACCCUGUAUGCAGCAAUGAGUUCAUUGUGACUGGUGAAGACCAGUACAUACGACUCUAUGACAAGCGGAACAUCAGUGACGGCAGACCUCUCAGCAAGUUUUGUCCUACACACUUGUUAAAACCCGACGUCUUUCUCCAUGUGACUUGUGCCGUUUUCAACUAUAACGGCACAGAAGUGAUUGGUUCGUACAAUGAUGACGACAUUUAUCUAUUCGAUACGAGAUUACCCUCUGAAGCUGACUAUGUUCAUAAAUAUGAAGGACACCGGAAUAGCAUGACAGUGAAAGGAGUGAAUUUCUUCGGUCCUCGCAGUGAGUUCAUCGUGUCUGGUUCGGACUGUGGAAACAUCUUCUUUUGGGACAAGAACACAGAGUCCAUCGUUCAGUGGAUGAGGGGUGAUGAGGAGGGAGUUGUGAACUGCUUGGAGCCACAUCCUCAGGUACCCAUCAUCGCCACCAGUGGUCUGGACAGUGACAUCAAGAUAUGGGUGCCUUCGUGCGAGCAGGAACCUGCUAUGAAAGGACUUAAGUCUACUGUGAUCAACAACCAAUGUGAUCGUGAUAACAGCAGCGGUCGCCGCUCUGAUGCCUUCGACAACAGACAGAUGCGAUGGCUGUGGCGGCAGAUACAGCGCUUUGAGCAGAGACGUAACACAGCCAACACGUCGACAACCCCCCGAGAGGAUGGCGAGUUGCCGCAGUCCAGUCCUGUGAGGGGUAGCAUGGGCACCAGCUCCAGCUCUGACGAAGACGCAGAGACAGGCGACCGCAGUGCUCACCCUCAUAAUGGCACAUUUGUGUCUCCCUCGCAACUCGAUUAUACCAUGGCCGAUAGUAACUCCUUCCCACUCUUACCAGAGCUACUUAACAAGAGAAGAUCUUAAGAUUAAACACAAAACGAGUCACAAAUCAAAGAUACACUCGGACUGUGAUAACAUGUUAAUAUUGUAAAUAAUUAUAGUAAGAAUAUAUUUCUAUAAUUAUA